ACCUAUUUAAAAGAACACUGACAUUCUAUUUACAUACAUCAGCUGUUAAACGUUUCUAAACGUUUGUUUAUUAUAAAAUUUAUUAUUGGAGUUUGUUAAACAAAAAAACUUAAAAUGUCUUAUAUGUUAUCACAUUUACACAAUGGUUGGCAAGUGGAUCAAGCUAUUUUAUCUGAAGAAGAUCGAGUUGUUGUUAUUAGAUUUGGUCACGAUUGGGACCCAAUGUGUAUGAAAAUGGACGAAGUUCUCUACAACAUAGCCGAGAAAGUAAAAAACUUUGCAGUAAUUUAUUUAGUAGACAUCACCGAGGUCCCAGAUUUCAACAAAAUGUACGAAUUGUACGACCCGUGUACAGUAAUGUUCUUCUUCCGCAACAAGCAUAUCAUGAUUGAUCUUGGGACUGGUAACAACAACAAAAUAAACUGGACCUUGGAGGACAAGCAAGAGAUGAUUGACAUUAUUGAAACUGUUUAUAGAGGAGCGAGAAAAGGUCGCGGUUUAGUUGUAUCACCUAAAGACUAUUCUACAAAAUAUCGCUAUUAAUAUUUCUUAUUAUUUAUUGCUAAUAAUUUAAUUUUAAUUAAAUUUAUAUGUACAUACGUUAAGUAUCAUCUAGAAAAUUCUAUCCCCACUCUAAAAUUCAAACGAAUUAAUAACAAAACAGUUUAACAUAACCUAGAGAUUGACUUUUUACCGUCUCUGUAAACAAGAUUAUAUUAAUUACUAAAUAAAUGAAAAGUCUGUCGUUAACUUUA